CAUUUCUCUCUCGUGUCUUUGAACUUCACCGGGAAAGUCUCACGUUCGGUAGUUCAACGACAAAUGCAUUUAACUCUUCAGCGAAUAGACAAAGGGGGACUUAAAUUGAAGUGUUUCCAUGCCGUCCAGUACAGUGCCACCCCAACCAACAGCCCCGGAAUAAGUGAAGUCAACACCUCUCACUCAGUGUCAUCACAAUCUGAGUGUUAUAUGCUGUACAAAGCUGUUCAGUGUGGCUGGUAGUGUGAUGGGGGAAAGGGAGUGAGCCAGGCUACACUGCCAGGAGAGACCCGUUGGUUUUAUGGAGCGGAGCUCGGCUGUGGUGUGGACCUGCCUGCUGGGGGUCGGACUCACCCUGGUCUUGCCUCCAGCCUGCCCUUUUAACUCCUCCAAGGCUGACCCCCGACUCCCUCAGCUGAUUGGCUGUGUUUUCCUGCAUCGAGAUAACGUCACCUGCCGCUGGGAGGCUGGAGACACCCCAACGACGGACUACACUCUGCAAGUUCAUUUGAUGUUACCACAAAAACACACAUUCACAUGCAUCACGUCUGACACCAGCUGCACGGCGAGGUUGGACGGCACAUCCGUGAACUUCUGCUUUUGCAUCACCAUCACAGCACACAGUCACAACCAGAACAUAACGUCACAUCCUCGGUGUCAGUCUGGUCGGACCGAAGUGAUGCUGUCUCCAGUGACGUUGAAGAGCAGCCAGUCAGUCAGUGGGAGACCUCGGUGUCUGAAUGUAACCUGGAGCUACAUCUUCUCUGACUUUCCUUUGUCUGACACUGAAAUCAAAGCUGGAGACCUGAAAUCGCAAAUAGAAUUCACAGCACAGGGACAGUUCAAUGCUCAGGUCGAAACUGUCAAUGUGACAGACAACAGCUUCCUGGUUUGUCUCUUCAAGCCUGACACUUUAUACACUGUCAGGCUUCGUCACCGCUACAUGGGCCCACAGAGUCCCUGGAGCCCGUGGAGCAAUGCCUGCCAGGGAAGGACAGGAGAGGACGCUCCAUCUGCAGCACCAGCCUUCUGGAUGCGAGUGAAACAAACAGACAAAAAUGGUUGGAGGUUCAUCUCACUGCUCUGGAAGCCCUUGCCUUGCUUUCUAUCGAAUGGCAAAGUCCUCUUCUUCAAUGUGACUUGUCAGACAGAAAGCGCUCAGGUCCUGAUUGAUUAUGGAAGCUGCAAAGAUUUGCACCACACGAAUACAUCCUGUAGUCUGCUCUUGCCUGCUGGACGAUGGUCCUGUGCUUUGAAGGCUUCCAACUCCGCAGGGACCUCGCCAGAAGCCCGAAUAUGGCUCCGUGGAGCUUCUGAGACAGAGCCACCAGCCCCGAGGCAAGUUACUGCAAAUCCACUGGAUGACAGUGGCUUGGAUGUUCGCUGGACGGCUCCAGUUGAUUGGUCAACGAGCGGCUUUGUGGUGGAGUGGUUUGCUGUCAGAGAGAAAAACAGCAGCAUCCUAUACUGGGAAAGGCUGAAUAGUUCCUGUACAGCACUGGUCAUCACAGAGGGAAUAAAGCCAAUGGAGCGUUAUGCUGUUUCUGUCAAAGCGCUGUAUGGUGAACGAGGAGCGGGGCAGAACACGACAGUUCACAUCUAUACACGCCAAGGAGCGCCCUCAGCUGGUCCUAAAGUGGUGGUGCAGCAGAUCUCUGGCAGCAGAGUGGAGCUCAUAUGGAGUCCUGUACCUGUGGAGCUGCUUCAUGGUUUCAUCCGCAAUUACACCAUGUACUCCACAACAGCAAACCAACCAGCCAGGAGAGUGACUGUGCCUGGCCACGUUCUCCGUUACUCUCUAGAGGACCUGUCACCUGGUAACUACGACAUCUUCAUGCAGGCCAACACUGACGCUGGAGCCGGAGCAGCUGGGCCCAUCGCUAAUGUGCACAUAGGCUCUGAGGAAAUCUGGAUAGUGAUCUAUGCCAUCCUUCCUCUUAUUCUGACUAUACUGGUGCUGGUGCUGAUGGCCUGCCUGGCACAGAAUAAGAUGGUGAAACAGAAGCUGUGUCAAGACAUCCCCGAUCCUUCCAAUAGCAGCUUGGCCCACUGGAUCCCAAAAGUCACUUUGGAGAGUAUGAGGCAGCCUGCAUUGGCAGAGAAGACCGAAAUCAAAUACUCUGACGUUAUUUUGCUUGGUGAAAGAGAGCUGCUGAACGCCGACCCAGAUCAGGACAUCAGCUAUCAGAGUAAUCUCCAAACAUAUUCCUCUCACCGCUACUCUCCGCUCCCAGUUCCAGGGGAUCAGACACCUCAAGAUACCAGAAAAUCUGAGAAGAAGUGCAUCGAAAGCUCAAGCAGAGCUAAGACGACCUCCAACACUGAUCUCUCAUCCUGCCCCUCCAUCUACUCCAGUGUCCUCAUCUCUCAGACGCUCAAAUGUCCCCCUACACCCCUCCUAUCCCUCUCCGACCGCCUAUCCAGUGAAUGGCAGCACAGCACUGUCAGCGUUAAUGACGGUAAGCUCCAGCUAGGUGGAGACAGUGAGCCGUCCGUGUCUCUGCAGGGCAGGAGCACCACCAGAUCUGACUCACUUCUUUCUCAAACAGAUGAACUGAAAACCUUCCGUCUUUUUCUGAAACAGCAUCAAAGCACUCUCUCCUCUCAUUCGUCGUCCGUCCUGCUUUCUCACCCAACUGAGGUCACAUCACCCCAACACCCUUUUUCUCAUAGCCUCUAUAACUUGUUACCUUCGCUGCAGCCCGACACCUUUACUCGCUCCGAUGAUACUUUCAAUCCGUCGUUUUCACCUUUUCCUCACUCUGUUUUUGUGGAUUUCUCCUACUGUCCGGUGGAGUGUGAUCCUUACAUCUCCCCUGCUGUUUAAUUUCAUGCCAGGGAAAUAGAAGUUCAAACAUUUUUUUUUUUUACAGUGUCCAUAAAAAAAUAUGCACACCCCUUUUGACUUUUUAUUAAAACUUUAAUUAUUUUUAUUUGUAAGUUUGUCUAUCAGUAACGCAUAUUAGGCAUGUUUAUAAUUGAACAUGUUUAUAAUUGUUUUAAAUCUGUCUGAUCAUGAUAUUUCUUUUUCUCUGACAUUUUGUAAUGCUGAGUAUCCAAUUUUCCUUUAAAGUAAUUGUAAGACAUUUUGGGUAAUACACUUAUUUGCUUUCUUGCCCGAGGGUUAUACAAGAAGAUUGAUGCCACUUAUAUGUCUGUCUGUUCAAUGUGAAGCUGGAGCCAGCAGCCAGUUAGCUUAGCUUAGCAUAAAGACUUGAAACAAGGGAAACACCUGGCUCUGUCCAAAGUUAACAAAAUGUGGUACACAAACAAAUGUCAAAACUGUGAUUUGUGUUUGUACUAAUUUGCUUACCUUCGAACAGAGGCUAGCUUUUUCCCCGUGCUUCCAGUCUUUAUGCUAGGCUAAGCUAACCGUCUUUGUAUUUAUUGUACAGUCAUAAAUGACAGUGGUAUCGAUCUUUUCAUAGGCAAGAACGCUAAUAAGCUCAAAACAUCAAGCUAUUAGAUUAAUUACACUCCCUUUGUUUUAAUUUGACAAGACAAAUUAUGAAAAAACCAAGGGGGUGAAUACUUUCAAUAAACACUGUAUUAUUUGUGAUUGAUUGAUUGUAUUUGUGUACAUGUUUGAGCCACUAUGAAGGUUUUAUAAUGUGUUUAUGACGUUGUGCUAUACACAAUGGAUACAUACAGAACUGUACAUUAUGUUUGACUGAGGAAUGCAAAUAACACGAUGCUGCUUGCAACACUGUCUUCUGUACAUAUUGUAUACUAUACUGAUUGCUUUAUUGAUGAAUGUGCUAUCAUAUCGCUAAAACCAAUUCAAGAUGCUCCUGAAAGCAUUCCCUUUGGGUUGUCUGAUGUGUGAAAAACCAAAGCAUUUUAUGAAAAGAGGACUUCAACUUUGAAGUAACUAAAACACUGCAAACAAAGACUAAAUAGUGUGCCAGUUAACAGCAUGUCAUGUCCUGUGUACUUUAUAUCUAUCAUAUCCCUGCUGGUCAGUUUCUCCUGGAAGCAGCUGUUUCUCUUUGCUUGUGCAUUUUGUCUCAACUCUUCCCUCAACACAUUACACCUUUUUUCUCUUACGUACUUUCAGUUUUACCUCUUCAGAGUUCUGUCAGUUAUCUCAUGUUGAUUUGAAAACUCACAUCAGAUUUAGACCUUUUUAAAGCUGAAACUCUGCUGACUGGAAUUCAACCUUACAAUGAGCCACUUUUGAAGCAGUGUUUGUAACUGUGAUUACUUCAGAAUUUAAUGUAUUUUCGGUUUAUAUUUGUACAGCAUGUUUGAAGAUUAAAAUUUGCAGUCAAUGCAUGAACCAUA